AUGGAAAUCGCAUUAAUUGCCUGGUCGGAUUCCAAUGCUAUUUUUAAUCAAGGUUUAAUUGAUAAUUGUCAACGAGAUAUUAAUAAAUAUUGUCAAUCAGAAAUAUAUGAUAAAGAUUCCAAUGAAGAUGAUGCCGACGGUAAUGAUAAUGAUACAGAAAUAAGUGAUCGUACGGAUAAUGAUAAUAAUAAUGAUGGUGAUGAAGUAACUGAUAGUGAUAUGGGUGGUGGAAUUAUACAGUGUUUACGUUCAAAAUAUACUGAUACAUCAAUUACAUUAGAAUCUCAAUGUGUAUUAGAAUUAAUUGAUGUUAUACAAACAUCAAAACUUGAUGUUAGACUUGAUAUUAAACUUUAUAAAAGUUGUCGACGAUUACUUAUAAGUGAAUAUAUCGAUAUGGAUCAAGAAGAUUGUUUAAAAUUACUUUAUCAAAAAAAUAAAAUUAAUGAUGAUAAUUAUAAAGAACAAAUUAAACGUAUUAUAAGAGAAGGACAAGCUGAUAUACAUGUUGAUCGUGCUUUAGCAUUUGCAUGUCAAGCUGAUGUUUUGAAAUAUUGUAAUGAUAUUCCUAUAGGUAAGAAAAUAAAAAUUAAGAUUAAUAAUAAUAAAAAAAUUAAUGAUUUAUUAGGAA